AUGACUCAGCAAUAUCCUUUGCGAGAUGUGAAGACAGUCGCUCAACUCAAACUCCCAAGUCAGUCAAUGAACUAUGCAGAUCUGUGCUCAACACAUCCGCACCUUAAAGGGUUACCAAUGAAGAGUUACUCGAAUGCAACACCACGGAUCAUCAUAGGAGUCGACAACGUGAAGUUAAUCAACACAAUGAAAAUACGCGAAGGGAACAAUGGAGAUCUUGCUGCCGUCAAAUCCAGAUUGGGUUGGACCAUUUAUGGAAGGCACAUGGAAUCAGAAAGUAAGGAACAUCUGUAUAUUCACAUGGAGCAGAAAAAGGAAGUAGUAGACAAUGCAACAUUGCAUGACCUGCUGCAGCAAUUCUUCAACAUCGAAGAGUCUUGUAUCACAGUCAAGCCGGAAACCGAGGAGGACAAAAGAGCAUUACAAAUACUCCACCAAACAACGAUCAGGAAUGAUAAGGGAUUCGAAGUAGGCCUCCUGUGGAAGAAGGAUGAGCGUACUGUUCCAGAUUCAUUUCCCUUGGCUCUACGUCGUCUAAAAUGCUUGGAGAAACGUCUGAUUCGAGAUGGAGACCUUUAUGCUAAGGUGCGAGAACUCAUCCAAGCGUACCUUCAGAAGGGUUAUGCUCAUCGUGCGACUGAGGCCGAGUUAAGAUCCGUUGAUUCCCAGCAGACCUGGUAUUUGCCUUUGGGAGUUGUACAAAGCCCUAAAAAACCAAACAAAAUACGCCUUAUUUGGGAUGCGGCGGCAACAGUGCAAGGUGUGAGUUUCAACGACCUUGUUCUCAAGGGUCCCGAUUUGACGGUGUCACUUGUCGCCGUAUUGAUUAGGUUUCGAGAGAGGAACAUCGCAAUCGGUGGAGACUUGCGAGAAAUGUUCCACCAGAUUGCUAUACGGUCCACUGACAAACAAUACUUGCGCUUUCUAUGGAGAGACCAUCCGGAAGAACAGCCCAGAGUGUACAUCAUGGAUGUUGCCAUAUUUGGAGCAUCCUGCUCUCCUUGUAUUGCACAGUUCGUUAAGAACAAAAAUGCGGAGGAGUUCUCCGCCAGUUAUCCUCGUGCCGCAAGGGCGAUCAUCGACAAUCAUUAUGUCGAUGAUUACCUCGACAGCGUGGACACCGCACAGGAAGCAAUCGAACUGAUGAACCACGUCAAAGACAUUCAUUCGAAUGGAGGAUUUGAAUUACGUCAGUUCGUUUCCAAUUCACCAGAUGUUUUGAGUGGGCUUGGCGUGCUACACGCGACUGAUAACAAGAAUCUUAAUCUAGAUUCGGAAUCGGAACGGGUCCUUGGUAUGUAUUGGAUGCCGGCGCUGGACACCUUCACGUUCGCCUGCCCCUCGAAUACCGAUAUAACGCAAUAUCAGGUCCCGACAAAGCGACAAGUGCUCCGGAUCAUUAUGAGCGUUUUUGACCCCUUGGGAUUAAUAGCCCAUUACACCAUACAUGGAAAAAUAAUUAUGCAGCACAUAUGGAGAGCAGGAACUAAUUGGGACGAACCUAUUCCGGAAUGCCUGCAACAGAGCUGGGCUGCAUGGCAAUCCUGCCUGGAACACCUGAACAAAAUACAAAUUCCCCGAUGUAUACUUGGCCAUACCCGUACAGAUCAAGAUAGAUCGUCGGAAUUGCACGCGUUCGUUGAUGCCAGUCAACACGCUUAUGCGUGCGCUAUUUAUCUACGGACGAUUGGCGAAUCAGGUGUACAGUGUUCCCUAAUCAUUGCCAAAACUAAAGUAGCCCCGCUGAAACCAGUUUCCAUACCACGGUUAGAGCUCCAGGCUGCAUUGAUUGGAGCCCGGUUGAUGGACCAUGUGUGCAAAAAUCUAACAUUACCGGUACGACGGCGAAUGUUUUGGUCGGACUCAUCCACAGUACUCUCUUGGAUCCAUGCAGAUAGUUUUCGCUACCAUCAAUACGUUGCUCUACGGGUAGGCGAAAUUCUAUCACUAACCAAGGCCAACGAAUGGAAAUACGUACCGUCAAAACUCAACGUGAUCGAUGAUGCAACAAAAUGGAAAGGCAAUCCGGAUUUCACCAAGGAAGGUGUUUGGUUCAGCGGGCCGAAGUUUCUUUGUCAAACUGAAUCAGCAUGGCCAGUUCAGCCGAAGACGAAGGAAACUACAGAAGAACAGAUGGGUCAUCUACAGUGA